AUGGGACCCCCUGAAACCAAGCAACACCGGGGAUAUGAGUUUGGUGGGCCUAUUGGCGCUCUCGGUAUAAUUCUUGGAACACCCGCAAUCGUCUAUUCCUUUGCAUUCUUCUGUAAUGAUAUAUCCGGAUGCCCUCCACCGUCACUCUUACACCCCUCGACGCUAUCAAUCGAAUCCUUAAAGGCCGAAAUUGGCUGGCCGCAGGACGGUAUUAAAGGUCUAUAUGAUGGGCGUGUGAUGCUUUGGGUACUGGGCUACUAUGCCUUGAAUCUUGCGCUGCAGAUAUUCUUGCCCGGUCGCGAGGUCGACGGUGAGGUCCUAGCUUGUGGAAAACGAUUAAAGUAUAAGUUCAACGCAUUUAAUUCCUCAGUCUUGAUUCUGCUUGGAUGCGCCACCGGAACAUAUAUCUAUGGAGUCGAUUUUCCAUUAUGGACAUUCCUUUGGGAUAAUUACGUCCAGGUUAUCACCUCAAACCUUGUGAUAUGUACUGUUUUGGCUGUCCUAGUAUACCUUUACAGCUUCAGUGUCCCCGCCCCUGGUGAACCGAACCCCAUGCACCGCGAGUUAGCCCCUGGCGGACAAACCCGUAGCGGCUUGUACAACUUCUUUAUUGGGCGUGAACUGAACCCAAGAAUCAAACUUCCAAUUCCAUUUCUGAGCGAUCUUUCAAGGACUAUUGAUAUCAAGGUGUUUUGUGAGUUACGGCCCGGACUGCUUGGCUGGGUGAUCAUGAAUCUUUCAAACAUCGCACAUCAAUAUAAAGUUACUUCUGGGAACCUCACUUCGUCUAUUUUACUCGUGGCUGCUUUUCAGGGAUUUUAUGUCUUUGAUGGUCUAUAUAUGGAACCAGCUAUUUGCACAACUAUGGACGUCAUUAUGGAUGGAUUUGGUUUCAUGUUGUCCUUUGGUGAUCUGGUGUGGGUUCCGUUUAUCUACUCGAUUCACACGAGAUACCUUGCGGUUUUUCCACUUGAACUCGGUGCAAAAGGAGUUGCGCUUGUACUCGGAGUGCAGACGCUUGGAUACUAUAUCUUCCGCGGCGCUAAUAACCAAAAGGAUCGUUUCCGAAAGAACCCGAAUGAUCCCAGAGUAAAACACCUCCAAUACAUCCAAACAUCUCGUGGCUCUAAACUUAUUACGUCAGGAUGGUGGGGCGCUGCUCGCCAUAUCAAUUAUCUGGGUGACUGGACCAUGGCCUGGGCCACUUGCCUCCCAACAGGUAUUGCUGGCUAUGCUAUUGUCGAGAAAUUCAACCCCCUCACGAGAAGCAUAGAGAAGCAAGCAGUGCAAACUAGUGAGACACGUGGUUGGGGUAUGAUUGUCACCUAUUUUUAUAUUGUGUACUUUGGUAUUCUGCUCAUCCAUCGUGAAAGGCGAGACGAGGAGAAGUGUAGGAACAAAUAUGGUGCUGACUGGGUGAAAUAUACCUCGAAAGUGAAGAGUAGAAUUAUUCCAGGUAUAUAUUAA